ACUUCAUCCGGGUGGUGAACGGUCAGCUCCGGCCCCUGUCCAUGGAGAUCAGGAAAGGCCUGGCGGAGGACAGCGGGAGGACCUACUAUGCCCUGGUGAAUCUGGCGGAGACAGAAAUCACCAAAAUGGCCAGUGACUACUCUGAAAACGAGCUUGAGCUGUUUAAAAAGAUAAUGGACCUGGUGGUCCUCUCUGGGAACGGCUUUGCGUCCUCCACGCGUAUCCUGAACACGGCCGACCAGCUGAAGCCGAAGAGGAUGAAGAAGGUGGAGGCGGAGCAGGUGCUGCAGAGCCUGGUGCGGGACAAGUGGCUCUGCGAGAGGGAGGGGGAAUACUCCCUGCACAUCCGGGGCAUCCUGGAGCUGGAGCAGUACAUCCUCAGCCACUAUCCUGACAGCGCCCGCAAGUGCCACCUCUGCCACAGCCUUUCCAUACAGAGCCAAGUCUGUGAGGACUGUGGGGCGGCCUUGCACCUGCCUUGCCUGGACAGAUACUUCCGCAGCCAGACAGAACGGCGCUGCCCCAACUGCAAACAGUUCUGGCCCUCCCGGCUUCCAGAGAUCAUUGUAACAGGGACCGACCUGCCGUCAGGCACCCCAAAGGAGAGCAGGCGGACUCCCCUGGCAGUGCCUAGGCGACGGUAGGCAAUGCCUGUGCCCUCUUGGCAUGUCUGAAUGAAAAGAGACCUUGGACAGCAGACACGGACAGGGGCUGUCAUGGUGCCACUUCUUUAUUGGAAAGUUUGAAAUAAAUGUCUUGCUUUGUUUU